AUGUCAAAUAAGGAUAUAGGUGCAGAAGUACAAUUAGAGAGAUCUUUUCUAAAAGUGCCAGUAGAAUGCUUAAACAAAACAUUUAGAGGGUCACAAAAAAAUUUAGAAAAAGAGAUGAAUAAUGUACUUACACAAAUAACAGAAUUAAAUAAGAAAAGAGAAACAAUUACUGGUAAUGAUGCGAUAAAGACAAUUGAUAAAUUAUUAGUUAGAGUUCAAAAAUUAAAAAGAUCAAUGGAAGAUGCCAAGAGUGAAGAAGAAUUACAAAUUAAAAAAUUAAAGUCUAGAAUUAAUCAUUUAUCUCAAGCUACAAAUAAUCAAAAUUUAAAAUCAUAUAGAGAAAGAUAUAACGAGACUAGGGUUAAUAGAAUUAUAAUAGAUUAUUUAUUAAGACAAAGUUACUACGACACCGCGAUCGAUCUAACAAAUCAAUUAAAUUUAAAGGAUUUAAUUGAUAUAGAAAUAUUUUUAUCAUCUAAAAGAGUUGUUGAGGGUUUAAAUAAAUUUGAUUGUACAGAAGCAUUAAAUUGGUGUAAUGAAAAUAAAUCAAAAUUAAAAAAAAUCAAUAGCACUUUCGAAUUUAAUAUUAGAAUUCAAGAGUUUAUAGAAUUAGUUAAAAAGAAUAAAACUAUCGAAGCAAUAAACUAUGCAAAAACUCAUUUAUCAGGUCACUCCUCAACAAAUUUGAAAGAAAUUCAACAAGCAAUGGCAACAUUAAUAUUUGGUAAGGAUACAAAAUGUGAACGUUAUAGAAGAUUAUUAGAUUCUCAAAGAUGGUCAGAUCUGGUUAAUCAAUUUAAAACUGAAAAUUUCCAACUUCACUCAUUAUCGACACGUUCUUUGUUGGAUAUUUCUUUGCAAUCUGGUUUAUCUGUAUUAAAAACAUCAUUAUGUGGAGACCAUAAUUCAGCAAAUAUUCAAUGCCCACUAUGCGAUGAAGCUUGGAGAAAAUUGGCAAUUUCCUUACCUGUAUCUCUUCAAAGUCAUUCAAGUUUAGUUUGUAGAAUCUCUGGUGAAAUAAUGAACGAUGAAAAUUAUCCAAUGGUAUUACCAAAUGGCAAUGUUUAUUCUAAAAAUUCUUUAGUGGAAAUGAGAGAGAAACAAGGAAAAAUAAUUGACCCUCGUACUGGUGAUGAGUUUAAAUUUGACGAAUUAAAAAGAGCAUUUAUUUCAUAA